AGAACAAUUAACCAAUAGCAGCACUAAAAGCAGUCUUCGUCUAAAGAAAUCGACGCCAUUCAACGAGGGGUAAAACUUGUGGACGCGUGCAUCCGGGGAGUAGUGUAACACUCAUCGCAAGAUCUCAAUCCUCCUGAACUAUACCGGACAGCUGUAACUAUGGAAACUGAAGAUAUUGACUUCGAAAGAGAGGAAAGAAGAAAACGCAGAGAAGAAAGACGGCGUAUGCGCGAAGCAGCGAGGGCCGCCGAGAAAGCUGCCGCGGAAGCCGCAAUAGAAGUAUCAAAUCAUGUCCCCAAUCCGGACCAAGGCGAGGAGCCACACGUAGAGCGACGAAGACGGCCGAUAAAUGACGAAGGGGAAGUACAAUUAAUCGACGAGCAACCAGCUGUCAUGAAUGGACACGUGACUGACAAACCACAUGUCAGUGUGUGGAGCAGCAGUACAACUGUGAUAGUCAAUAAUGGUGCAAUGGUCACAAAUAAAGUGACAGUUGAACAGAAAAAUGAAGAGACCGAGAAAAAACAGCAACGCCCUUUGCAACGACGACGCACAAUGCAACUGGUGGCUGCGAAAGAAGGAGAAGAGGACAAAACUGAAUUUGCUGAAAUGCACGAGAGGUUAAAACAGGACGACGAACAGCGAAUGAAAGAAUUGUGGGAACAACGACAAGCUGAGAGAGAAAGAAAAAGUAUGGAGCUUUUAGAAUUGGCAGAAAGAAGGGAAAAGAGAAAAAGGGAAAGAGAAGCAGAAAACGUUGCCCGACUAGAAAAAGAAAAAGAGAUAAAAGAGAAAUUGGAGGAGGAGGCACGUCAUCGAAAAGAACAAGAAGAAAUACGCAAAGAACAAGCAUUAGAAAUAAGAAGAAAUAAUGAAAAUGCAAGUAAAAACAAAGUAAUAAUGAAAAUAGGAAAGCAUUUGAACUUGAAGGAAAACAUACGCAGAGCCAAAGAAGAUGGUCACAAGACCUCGUCCGAACUGAAACGACAAAAGGAAGCCGCCAUGUCAGAGAGAGUGCCGGAGUUGGAUCUCAGUGACCGAACCUCACGACGAGAGUUGGUUGACGUUGCUCAAGAUUUCCAUGCACGUCUCGCGAUAACACUCGGCACAGUAUAUGAUUUAAAACAACGCAAGAAAAGACAAAACUAUGACAUUAAUGAACUGAAUGCUAGACUGAAAACAAUGAAGAAUGUGACGAAUAAGUUCAACAUGCUAAGUAUUGGACAAGUGUCACGUGUCAGCCGAUUUAGAGACACACUGGCAGAAGAUCAGAACGCCAACACGACUAUAAAAUCGCACUAUCAACGUGAGCGAGAGGAAGGGAGCAUUCUGGGUAGAGGAGGAGUCAAAGGGCGUCUUGCGAUGUUUGAGCAGGGGAUAUCUCACCCGAAGACACUGCCAUCAAAAAAGAAGUUGUACUGAAACAACUACAUACUGAAUGUUUGAAUUAUAUUGUAGGUUUCAAGAUGGAACAAUCAUUUUUGUUAUAUACAUUUGUGAAAGGAUAUUAUAAGUUUAAUAGCGACUUUGGUACAAUAUCCGUUUUGAAUUGGAUUGCAAGGGGCUUCUUCAUCUUAGUUUUAGGGAUUAAUAACAUGCACUCUUUUACAUCCAACCUGUAUUCAUAUAAUUUUUAAAUGUACUUCAGCAAUGUUAUAAGGCGUCUUUUUUAUGCAAUAAAAAAUGUUCUGUGUAUAUACAACAUAA